AAAUAAAAUAAGCUCGAACACAAAACGUAAUAGGUAACCUUUAAUUUGUUUACAAAUGAGCCGAGGAAGCGAAGAAGACGUUUGAGAAUUAAACGUAGAGGAGAGCAGAGCAAAGCAGAGACCCCGCAGCGCAGUGGAGCGCCGCAGCAACGUGGUUGAUUGGAAAUCCGCGAAGGGCGUACGGGCGCCGCGCCAGGCCAAGACAACGCGCAGGUGCAAGCGAAACACGCGUCCCUCUUUCCCACCCCGCAUCGCUCCUCCUCCCUCUCUUCUUCCCCUCCUCUCCAUAAAGGCCCCUGGCCCGCUAAUGCGCACAGCUGGCGAUAUUAAACCCGCAGUGAACUCCGGCACUAUAAAUACUUCUCGCCCGGCUCAGGCUAGCUCUGCUCAAUCGCCACCGACGCCAUGGGAAGAGCUCCGUGCUGCGUCAAGGUCGGGAUGAAGAAGGGGAGGUGGACAGCCGAGGAGGACGAGAUCCUCAUCAAGUAUAUCGCUUCUAACGGCGAAGGAUCCUGGAGAUCGCUCCCCAAGAAUGCAGGGCUAAUGAGAUGCGGGAAGAGCUGUAGAUUGAGGUGGAUAAACUACCUCAGAUCCGACCUGAAGAGAGGCAACAUUACCAAAGAGGAGGAGGAGAUCAUCCUCAAGCUGCAUGCAACACUUGGCAACAGGUGGUCCACCAUAGCCGGGCACCUCCCGGGGAGGACCGACAACGAGAUCAAAAACUACUGGAAUUCGCACCUGAGUCGGAGAAUUCACAGUCACUGGCGAAUCAGCUGCAGCGUCGCGAUCGACCUCAGCAAGCUCCCAGACGGGGGAAAGCGGCGCGGCGGCCGGACGAACAAGUCGGCCGUGAAGAAGAUCGGCAGUACCACUACCGUUACUCCCACUACAGGGAAUGACGACGCUGACGGUCAGACGGCACCGGUUUCGCAGGGGCAGAGCACCGAGGUCCAAAGCGUGGUAGUGGAUCCAGCUGACCCUAAUCAAGCGAGCAGCGCCUCCGCCGCCGUUGACCUGGACCUUGAACUGGAGAAGAUGAUCGAGGACAUGAGCUGCUCGAUCGAUCUGGAGAGGAAGAACGAGGAAUGGACAUCACUACUGUCGGCGCCUGAUCAGGUGGAGUACUACUGCGGGUCUUCUGAGGUGCUGCAGGACGAGUUGCUAAUGAACUGGGAUUGGGAGAGCAUUGAGACGGGACCAUGGACGAUGCAGUGGGACAGCCAAGAAGCAUGGGAGCACGGCGAGUUAUAAUGAUCGACUUCGUCGUUUAAGUAAUUGUUUUUGUGUACGCUUGCAUGCGCAAAUAUGUAAUUAGGGGUAGACCAGGUUGCCCUCUGUAAAACAGAGAAGUACUAUAAAUAGAUUCUUUGUUGGGUACUAUAUAUAAA